AUGGGCGGCGAGACCUCAGGAGAAAAUCAAGGAGAAGAAGCUGAGAAGGUCAAGCCCUACCCAUAUCGUGGAAUGAUCACCAGGAAGAAAGACGCCAUGAUCGAUGUGGCCAGUCUAUUUAAAGUCGUGGAAGUCAAGGUGCCACUCUUGACGGCAUUAAAGAUGCCCCCAAUCAGCAAAUUUAUAAAGUACUACCUGGCGGAGAAGGUCAAUGAAGAAGGGAGAAUGAUUACAGAUGAAAAUGUCUCUGUAGUGAUCAAGCAUAGUGACCUCCCAUCAAAGAAGACCGACCCAAGGAUGUUCACACUCCUAAUUUCGAUCGGAGAUAUUCUAGUGGAGCACGCAAUGUGCGAUUUAGGGGCAUCCAUCAAUGUUCUGUCGUAUGCUAUCUACAAAAAGCUGGGAGAGGCCAACCUCGUCGAUGUACGACUGGCCAACAAAUUUUGCAUUCACCCGGAGGGGAUUCUUGAAGAUGUAAUAGUGAAGGUGAACAACUUUCUGUACCCAGCCGACUUCUUCGUCAUCAAGAUGACAGAGCCAGCAGCGAAGGAGUCCAGCAGAGUUCUACCGGGAAGACUGUUCAUGUCUACGGCAAGUACUAUAAUAGACGUCCGUAAUGGGACGAUCAGUUUGGAUUUCAAUGGAGAGCAAUUCACGUUCAACAUUGACGAUGAAGGGGUUGUAUACUUAACCCUAACAGAAGAAGCAAUGAAGAGGCCAGCAGAUAGUGAAAACAUGUAUUCAAUGGAUGUGACUGAGCCGCUGGUACAGGAGUAUCUGGAGGAGGAGUUCCUACAAAGGCAGUUCACAAACUCCGCCGCGGACGAGGAAGUUGAGAAGGAAAUCACAGACUGGUAUGAGGCAAUCAACGUGGGAAAGAUGGAUGAUCAAGCCAUCGCGAAAGCGGUGAUGCACUUCUGCGAGCGACCGCGACCAGCUGGGUCAAGCAAGAUCGCUCAAGUGUCUAGCCUCGAGAAGCUGCCUGAUCAAGGCGGUCAGCUGAGAAAAGAAACGGAAGAAAACCCCCUGCCUACUGAAUACGCCUACCUGGGGGAGAAUGAGACACUGCCAAUUAUCAUCAACAGCCAGCUGACCCAGGGGCAGGAAGACAAAUUGCUAGAAGUACUGAGGUGCAAUCAGAAGGCCAUAUGGUGGAAGUUGACAGAUCUGGUAGGCAUCAACCCAGAUUUAUGCAUGCACAAUAUCAGAUUGGAAGAAAGAGCUAAACCCCAUCGUGACCAGCAGCGUAAACUCAACCCCAACAUGAGGGAAGAGGUACUCAAGGAGAUAGUCAAGCUGGUCUACAUAGGAAUCAUCUACUCCAUCCCGGAUAGCAACUGGGUCAGUCCAGUACAUAUGGUGCCAAAGAAGGGCGGAAUCCAAGUUGUAAAGAACGAGAAGAAUGAGCUGAUUCCGACACGGCCAGUCACUGGGUGGAGGAUGUGUAUUGAUUACAGGAAGCUGAAUGCGGCCACAAAGAAAGAUCAUUUCCCGUUUUCAUUCAUUGACCAGAUGUUUGAGAAGUUAGCCAGGAAACAAUACUUCAGUUUCCUCAAUGGGUACAGUGGCUAUUUCCAGAUCGCGGUGAAUCCAGAGGACCAAGAGAAGACCACUUUCACCUGCCCUUUUGGCACCUACGCCUACAGAAGAAUGUCAUUUGGCCUCUGCAAUGCCCCAGGCACCUUCCAAAGAUGCAUGAUGAGCAUCUUCUCUGUUUUGUUGGAGGAUUGGCUACAUGGCCUAAACAGAGUGCUGGAGAGGUUCCGGGAGAAAGACUUUGUGUUAAACUUUGAGAAAUGCCAUUUCAUGGUUACCGAAGGCAUUGUCCUGGGCCACGUCGUGUCAAGCAGAGGGAUCGAAGUGGAUCAAGCCAAGGUGGCAGCGAUCAAAUACCUCCUGGCUAAGAAAGAGUCAAAGCUGCGCUUGAUCAGGUGGGUACUCCUGCUACAAGAGUUUGACUGGGAGGCAGUCGACAAGAAGGGCAGUGUGAAUAGAGUGGCUGAUCAUUUAAGCCGAAUCAUACAAGAAGACAAUGGAGAAGCCAUUUCUGACGCCUUCCCUGAAGAGCACUUGUACCUGAUCAAGUCAACGUCCAGUCUGCAGUCUAUUAACCAAGUUGAGAGGAUAAAUCAAAUUGAGCAAAGGAGAGAGAUCCACAGGCAGAUGGAGCCAUGGUUCGCUGACAUGGCCAACUAUCUGGUGACGGGCGAGCUGCCCAGAAACUCAAGUGCGACUCCCGCUAUUUCUACUGGGACGAUCCUUAUAUGUGGAAGAUGGGAGCUGAUCAAGUCAUCCGACCCUGCAUACCAGAUUGGGAACAAGAGGACGUAUUGGUCCACUGCCACACGCUAG